AUGGAAAGCGGUGAACAGGAGAAAGACAAACAAAAAUCGUCUACGGCUGAAAAUCAAGACAACAUGGCAGCGACAAGUAAGUUUGCGCUUUUUGCUGUUUUAUUCAAAUUCAACGUAAUUCUAAGUGAAUACUUUUGCUGUCUUUCAGCUGCCUCUCGAAUAGACGUCCUGUCCCGGGCGAAGCCUGUCCCUGUAGGAUUCAUCGAGGAUAGGUAAAAGAUCUGAGACAAACUACUAUGUUAAGAAUACAUAACAAACAAUUUAGGAAAACUUCAAAACCAAGCUCUCUUAAAUUGUAUACGUGUCUUUACAUGAUCAGAGCGGAAACAUCUCAUUUGUAGGGAAAUGUUUCGAUUGCAAAGCAAAACAUUGAGUUAUUUCUCACACUUUAUUCACAAGAGAGUUAAUUUUGAUAAAUUAUUGCUUGCAAUUGAUCUAUCUUACAUUAAUACACGUCCGUUAUUAUAGAAUAAAAAGGUCGAGUCAGCUAGCUCCCGAAAAAGGGGAAGAUUUGUAAAGUCACGCUCGGAAUUUCUGACAUGUUAGCAAUGGUUCAUGCGGUCAUGAAAAACAAUACCCCGAUAUGUGGUGACUUACUAAUUUAUUGCCCGCUGAAAUUAUGUUUUCAGGCGAUCAGUAUACUGGGAUAAUAACUUUGCAAAGGACUGGGAUAACAUACAAUCGACUAAAAGUGGUAAAGUGUCUCGAUAAAUAAACAAUUAAACGAAAUUUGACUCUCAUAAUUAUUAUGGGUAAAAAUUUCGCAAUUUGUCGUAUUUUAGAGUAACACUGGUCUCCUGCUCUCCUAAAGAAAACAAACAUUUUUGUUCUUAGCAACCAAAAUUAGCUUUUUCAAUAGAUACCACAGCUUCAAGAAAAAUAGAGAUGUAUUGAGAGUUUUUUCAGGCCUUUUUGUUUUAAUCAGUUCGAGUGGAGUGCUGCUUUAUUCUCAUAUUUAUUUAAUAGAGCACAGGCUGAUUAGAGCAUCUAGUUGAAACAUUCGAAACAAUAGCUCUACUGCAUCCGAUCUAUCGAUGGAAAAUGAUUUACCAUGGGGCCACUUAAGAAAACCAAAUUUACGUAUGGUUUUUUAAUGAAAUCAGGUACAACUGUUUGUGAGGUUUCUACGUUAUUUAUCAUGAUUAGAAGGACAAAAUUCAAUCGAUGCUCAAAAUGUCCAGAGCCUUAAAGGAAUAUUGACUGAGUUAUGCCUUUGAUGCUUUCCUUUCAAGCAUAUAGAUAACAUUCACCUAAUCCAGUUGAAAUAUUUUUAACUCAUUUUUAUUAUAAAUCAACAGUGUUAAGUGACAGACAAGCACAACUUGUUUAUAGCAAACAACUUCACAAAGAUUACGUAGGAGACAGGUAAGGCAAAUUACAACAGUAUAUAUAUAUAUAUAUAUAUAUAUAUUGUGCACAAUUUACUGCAACUCUAUAGUGAUUUCAAAAUUAAUCAAACUAUAAGAAAAUGCUUGAAUAAAUUGGUUAUUGCCAAAUCAAUUUGAACACUAAUAAGACAGUGUAAUCAUGCCAGUGCAUUUGGACAGUACUCAUCACCUGUGCUUGCGGUUGUUGCCCAUUUUUCCGAGUCAACUGUUGUUUCCUGUGGAAAUGUAAAACCAAUGACCAGUUUGUUUCUCAAAUUUUGUUAUGCUGUAGUUUUGGUAAUUAGAUAACAGGGCUGCAUGUCCUUGACUUCUGUUUGUAAUCAAUCAUACUCGUUAUUAACAAAUUAAACUCCUAUCUUGCAGUCAUUCAAUUUUUUUCGUCACUUGUAUAAUUACAGAUAAAAUUUCAAGUUUCUAAAUCAACAUCAACAAGAGACCUGCUUUAAAUGCACUGAUCAUUCUGUAGAGUUGUAGUUUACAGAAUGAAGUGAAUUUAAUUAAAACAGUUAACAAACUUGAAAAUUUUACCCUUUGAAAAAAAUUUUUUUGUAGAUUCACAAAUUGUAAUAAUGCUUCUUACACCUGUCACACCCUACUGUUACAUCUGAUAAGGUGCUGACAAGGAGAAUUUGUUUACCAAUCAUGAGUUCCUUUGGUUGGUGAUCAUUUUCUCCAUUCUUAUGACCUUCACAUGUGAUUCAGGGGUCAUACUGUUAGGAGAAAUUGGAUGCUAAUCACUCUAAUGGGUCAAAGGUAUUAAUGAUGACUAUUGUAUACUUAACAGAAAAAGUGCAAUCUGGCCAGUAAGUGAGGCAGCAAUGAAAGCCACGGCAUCACAGAGACUGGAGACCCUGUCGGAGGCAAAAGCUCUUCAUCGUGACUACCAACCUUGUCAACAAGUGCAAAGACUUGUCAGUGAAGCAGCUAUGAAGGCUGAGCCUUCUCAACGAACUGAAUUCCUUGCACAACCCAAAACUUACACUCCCUUAAAAAUCAAGUCAAAUAGUGAUUGGGAUUGGAGUGAGUGGGAAUCUGAUUUGACAGAAGCUGCCAAGAAUGCAACAGCAUCAGAAAGAGUUCUUGUGCUUUCGAAUCCCAAGAUGCCACACCGCAAUUACAAAGAGGGGCGUCCUGUGAUAUGGGAAGUGUCACAGACAGCCCAGAAGGCUCUCCCAUCUCUCAGAGUUCAGCAACUUGCGAGGCCGAAAAGCCGCAGUCAGUACAAUGAAGACUAUGAUGCUAAUGCAUGGAAAGUCUCACAGGGGGCAAAAGCAGCACAGGCAACUCCCAGAAUAGAAGAACUUGCUUUACCAAUCCCUAGAAAAGUCAGAAGUAAAAAAGUUGUGUGAUCCAUUCUAAUAAUUUAUUUAUUGAUUAUCAAUUCACUCCAAAUUUAUCUAUUGUGAUAUGUUAUGCACACUGCAUUUACCAUUGAUCUCUUUGUGGUGCAAUGAAUACCUUUCCUCAAUAAAUGACAUAUCUACCCUCUGCUGAUAUUUUAGCAUAGCUAUGACAGAAAAAAAUGAACAGAAGAAUGAUUUCUAGUUAUUGAAAAUUCUGAGUUACUUUGCACCCAUAUGAACCUUGCUGACACUGCCCAGUAGGCUUCACGCCUUGGCCAUUGCGUGACCUUAUUGCGUGACAAGUUCUGAGUCUGUAUUUUACAAGCAAUUUACAAUUUGAUACUGAUAAACGGAUCUGAAUGUUUUAUGACUGACAGUUCAUUUCUUUAAGUAAUCAUAUUUUCUACUGUAAAGCAAGUUCUAUUGUCUCUAAUGCAGUAGCACACGCGUUCUUUUGCAUGUCACGCAACGUUUCCCGUGAAUAACAGGAGUGUAUGAACUACUUAAACCACGAC